AAGAGACCAGAGUGUGCUGAUGGGGAGGAGGCUGAGAGCCGCUCCUGGUCACUCUGUCCCCACAGGACACUGACAGAACUUCUGAAGCAGCCAGGGCCCCAGGAACCUCUGCCUCCACCUCUGGGCCCACCCCUGGGUAGCUGUGUCCAGGUGCAGAUGGGCGAUGGCCUCCCCCGAGGGUCCCCCCACAACAGCACAGACAGGAACCGCCUCAACAACGCGCCCCUGGGCUCCUCCACCCCGGGACUCCCUCGCGGCCCCCGGCAGCUGGGCUGUGGCAGUGUGACCCUGCAGCCCGACUACGCCAAGUUCGCCACCCUCAAGGCAGCUGCGCUCAAGGCCUUCAGCGUGGAGAAGGUGCCGGAGGCCUUCGGAGCACAGCACCUCCGCCUUUAUGGCGGCGCGGGCCGCGGGCCCCGGCACCUGAGCACCAACAGCAAAGCGGAGGUCACCGUGUGA